CCCAGUUGGUUGGGGGAAAUUGGAAGCAAAUGACAUCACCGCAGGUCCCAGAAAAGGGGAAGAGCCAAAAGCAUCGGCCGGGUCCUGGAUAUUCAGAGGUCGAGUCCAACCUGAAACCUGCGGGACACAGACAACACUGCACCACGGAGACAUAAUGCAGAAGUCGCCUUUAGAGAAAGCCAGCUUUAUCUCCAAACUCUUUUUCAGCUGGACCACACCAAUUUUGAGAAAAGGGUAUAGACAGCGCUUGGAGUUAUCAGACAUAUACCAAGCUCCUUCUUCUGAUUCAGCUGACCAUGUGUCUGAACAGCUAGAAAGAGAAUGGGACAGGGAACAAGCUUCAAAGAAGAAUCCCAAGCUUAUCAAUGCCCUUCGGCGAUGCUUUUUAUGGAAAUUCAUCUUCUAUGGAAUCUUGUUAUACCUAGGGGAAGUCACCAAGGCUGUCCAACCCCUCUUGCUAGGAAGAAUCAUAGCUUCCUAUGACCCAGAUAACCAGAUGGAGCGCUCCAUUGCCAUUUACUUAGGCAUAGGCUUGUGCCUUCUCUUCAUUAUCAGAACACUGCUUCUUCAUCCAGCCAUUUUUGGUCUUCAUCACAUUGGAAUGCAGAUGAGAAUAGCUAUGUUUAGCUUGAUUUAUAAGAAGACUUUAAAGCUGUCAAGCCGUGUUCUUGAUAAAAUAAGUAUUGGACAACUUGUUAGUCUUCUUUCCAACAACCUGAACAAAUUUGAUGAAGGACUUGCCCUGGCACAUUUUGUGUGGAUCGCUCCUUUACAAGUAGCUCUCCUGAUGGGACUUCUCUGGGAAUUGUUGCAGUUCUCUGCUUUCUGUGGCCUUGGUUUACUGAUAAUACUUGUCAUUCUUCAGGCUAUUUUAGGGAAGAUGAUGGUGAAAUACAGAGAUCAGAGAGCCGCAAAGAUCAAUGAAAGACUUGUGAUCACAUCAGAAAUUAUUGAUAAUAUCCAUUCUGUUAAGGCAUAUUGUUGGGAAUCAGCGAUGGAAAAGAUAGUUGAAAACCUGAGAGAGGUGGAACUGAAACUGACUCGGAAGGCAGCCUAUAUGAGGUUCUUCACCAGCUCUGCCUUCUUCUUUUCAGGGUUCCUUGUAGUCUUUUUAUCUGUGUAUCCCUAUACAGUCAUCAACGGAAUCAUCCUCCGAAAAAUAUUCACAACCAUUUCAUUCUGCAUUGUCCUGCGUAUGUCAGUCACACGACAGUUCCCCACUGCUGUACAAACAUGGUAUGAUUCUAUUGGAAUGAUAACAAAAGUACAGGAUUUCCUGCAGUAUCAAGAAUAUAAGAUGCUGGAGUAUAACUUAAUGACCACAGAUGUCGUCAUGGAGAAUGUAACAGCAUUCUGGGAGGAGGGAUUUGGAGAAUUAUUGGAGAAAGUGCAGUUAAACAAUGGUGACAGAAAACUUUCCAAUGGUGAUAGCAACCUCAGUUUUAAUCAUUUUUGUUUUCUGGGAAAUCCUGUGUUGAAAAACAUCAACUUUAAGGUAGAAAAAGGAGAGAUGUUGGCUAUUACUGGAUCUACUGGAGCGGGAAAGACAUCACUCCUGAUGAUGAUUUUGGGAGAACUGGAAGCUUCAGAGGGGAAAAUUAAGCACAGUGGAAGAAUUUCAUUCUGUUCUCAAUUUUCAUGGAUUAUGCCGGGCACUAUCAGAGAAAAUAUCAUCUUUGGUGUUGCCUAUGACGAGUACAGAUAUAAGAGCAUCAUCAAAGCUUGUCAACUGCAGGAGGACAUAUCCAAGUUUGCAGAAAAAGACAACACGGUUCUUGGAGAAGGUGGAGUCACACUAAGUGGAGGUCAACGUGCAAGGAUUUCUUUAGCAAGAGCAGUAUAUAAAGAUGCUGAUCUGUACCUCCUGGAUUCUCCUUUUGGAUACCUAGAUGUCUUAACUGAAGAACAAAUAUUUGAAAACUGUAUCUGUAAAUUGAUGGCCAACAAAACUAGAAUUUUGGUCACAUCUAAAAUGGAGCACUUAAAGAAAGCUGACAAAAUACUAAUUUUGCAUGAGGGCAGCAGCUAUUUCUAUGGGACAUUUUCUGAAUUACAAAGUCUACGUGCAGACUUCACCUCAAAACUCAUGGGGUAUGACACCUUUGACCAGUUUACUGAGGAGAGAAGAAGCUCAAUUCUAACUGAGACCUUACGCAGGUUCUCAGUAGAUGAGUCCUCUGUCACCUGGAACAAAACCAAACAGUCAUUUAAACAGACUGGAGAGUAUGGAGAAAAAAGGAAGAGCUCUAUUCUAAAUUCCUUCAGCAAUAUGAGGAAAUUUUCCAUUGUGCCAAAGACUCCAUUAGUCACAGAAGGAGAUUCUGAUGAGUCCCAAGAAAGGAGACUGUCCCUGGUUCCAGAUUCUGAACAGGGAGAGGCAGUCCUGCCUCGCAGCAACAUAAUCCCCACUGGCCCCACAUUUCCAGGCAGAAGAAGACAGUCUGUUUUGGACCUCAUGACAUACACACCCACCCAGGGCUUCAGCAACAUUCAGAGGACAAGGACUUCCAUUCGAAAGAUCUCCUUAGCCCCUCAGAUAAGCUUAAAUGAAGUGGACAUAUAUUCAAGACGGCUGUCUGAAGACAGUGCAUUGAACAUCACUGAAGAAGUUAAUGAAGAGGAUUUAAAGGAGUGUUUUUUUGACGAUAUGGUGAAGAUCCCCCCAGUGACGACAUGGAACACAUACCUCCGCUAUUUUACUCUCCAUAAAAGCUUGCUUAUAGUGCUGAUUUGGUGCGUGCUUGUUUUUCUGGUUGAGGUGGCUGCUUCUUUAUUUGUGUUGUGGUUGCUUAAAAACAACCCUACGCAUGAUGGAAAAAAUGCUACUUUAGCUACAAAUAACACCUAUCUUGUGAUUAUCACCCAUACAAGCUUCUAUUACAUUUUUUACAUUUAUGUGGGAGUGGCUGACACUUUGCUUGCCUUGGGCCUCUUCAGAGGUUUGCCCCUGGUGCAUACACUAAUCAAAGCAGCAAGAAUUUUACACCAGAAAAUGUUACAUUCUAUUCUUCAUGCACCAAUGUCAACCUUGAACACACUAAAAGCAGGUGGGAUUAUUAACAGAUUCUCCAAAGAUGUAGCAAUUUUGGAUGACUUCCUGCCACUUACAAUAUUUGACUUCAUCCAGUUGCUGUUCAUUGUGGUCGGAGCUAUAACAGUCGUUUCGAUUUUACAGCCCUACAUCUUCCUGGCCACCGUGCCUGGGUUAGUGGCCUUUAUCUUACUGAGGGCAUAUUUUCUUCAUACCUCCCAACAACUCAAACAACUGGAAUCUGAAGGCAGGAGUCCAAUUUUCACUCACCUUGUUACGAGCUUAAAAGGACUAUGGACACUACGUGCCUUUGGACGCCAGCCUUACUUUGAAACUCUGUUCCACAAAACUCUAAAUUUGCACACUGCCAACUGGUUUAUGUAUUUGUCAACCUUACGUUGGUUCCAAAUGAGAAUAGACAUGAUUUUUGUCCUCUUCUUCUGUGUCGUUACCUUCGUUUCCAUUUUAACAACAGGUGAAGGAGAAGGAUCGACUGGUAUUGUUUUAACUUUAGCUAUGAAUAUCAUGAGUACUUUACAGUGGGCUGUAAACACCAGCAUUGACGUGGAUAGCUUGAUGCGAUCUGUGAGCAGAGUCUUUAAGUUUAUUGAUAUACCAAAAGAAGAAAGUGGGUGUACCAAGAUAAUGAAAGGACUACCUCAUGAAGACCCCUCCAAGGUUUUAGUUAUUGAGAAUGAACAUGUGAAGAAAACUGAUAUCUGGCCCUCUGGGGGCGAAAUGAUUGUCAAAGACCUCGCUGUGAAAUAUCGGGAUGAUGGGAAUCCCAUAUUAGAGAACGUUUCUUUUUCAAUAAGCCCUGGCCAGAGGGUGGGCCUCUUAGGAAGAACUGGCUCAGGUAAAAGUACUCUGUUGUCAGCAUUUUUACGCUUGUUGAACAUUAAAGGCGAUAUACAGAUUGAUGGUGUCUCGUGGAACUCUGUGACCUUACAAGAAUGGAGGAAAGCUUUUGGAGUAAUAACACAGAAAGUAUUUAUCUUCUCUGGAACAUUCAGACAAAACCUAGAUCCUAACGGAAAAUGGAGAGAUGAAGAAAUAUGGGAAGUUGCAGAAGAGGUUGGACUAAAAUCUGUGAUCGAGCAGUUUCCCGGGCAGCUCAACUUUACCCUUGUGGAUGGGGGUUAUGUGCUCAGCCAUGGCCACAAGCAGCUGAUGUGCCUGGCCCGGUCUGUUCUCAGUAAGGCCAAGAUCUUACUUCUUGAUGAGCCCAGUGCCCAUCUGGACCCCAUAACGUACCAAGUAAUUCGAAGAGUUCUCAAACAUGCCUUCAGUAAUUGCACAGUAAUCCUCUGUGAACACAGGAUAGAAGCAAUGUUGGAUUGUCAACGAUUUUUGGUCAUAGAAGAGGGCAAUGUAUCGCAGUACGACUCACUUCAGGCUCUUCUGAGCGAGAAGAGUCUCUUCCAGCAGGCCAUUAGCUCCUCAGAAAAGAUGAGGCUCUUCCAGAGCCGCCACUCCAGCAAGCAGAAGCCUCGGCCGCAAAUUACUGCUCUGAAAGAGGAGACAGAAGAAGAAGUACAAGAAACCCGUCUCUAGUGGCUGGGAUGCUGGGGAAGCAGCUCGGUGGACCUGAGAAAUUCCCAGAACACAUGCAAAAUGAAAAUGCCUGGCAUGCUCCGUGCUUUUAACCCCAGUGCUGGGGACACAGGGACAGCUGGAUCCUUGGAACUCUGCGGCAAGUGAUCCUAGCCCACAUAGAGUUCCAGGCCAGGUAACUGAGGGACAGUUCCUGAGGAGCUCCUCUUACAAGUACACACACAUGAACACACAGACACAAACACACACAUUAAUUAACAUACACAGAAAAAGAAGAAGAAGGGAAAAGGAAAGAUUAAAGGUCAGACAAUGCAAAUGAUUGCAAAAUGAUCACAUGAGAUGUUUGCUCAUGGACUCAGAGGAGAAGAGCCCCACUGUGUGUGCCUUUGAAAACAGGAUGAAGCCCCCAUCCCUGCAUUUUAGGAGCCUGUUUUGGAAGAGAAAUCAAGAGCAUUCCUAUCAGACUGGGUAACUGGCUUCUAAUAGUGGUUGAACCAUGUGAAAGGCUUCAGAUACUAACGAUGCGCCACUGGUGCUUUUGCAAGCCACGAUUUCCUGAAAACAUUUGCCCUCGAGUCGUAGCUGGAAAGGCAGCUAUAAGUGCCAACCAGGUUAGUAGUUCAACUUGUUAUUCAGAGCAACUUAAUUUACAUUAGUGAAGCACUUAGAUCGGAUGAAGUAGUAACUGGAAACAGUGGCUUAUAUAGCCCAUAUCCCAUCUUUCUUCUGUUCAAGAUAGUUAGGCACAUGGUUAUCUUACCUCUACAUACUCUGUGUAGCCCACUCCAAGCAAAUGUUAGAAUACUAUGAAAACACGGGGUGGUAUUAAAGAUGCCCCACUCGACAUCUUAUGUUCUUGUUACCUUCAUUCAGUAAUAAGAAUUCCAAGAUCUUGGAACUUAGGAUUAAGACCAUCCAGCCCCACUCUCACACAUCUAAAUGGUAUCAUAAUUAAAGUGUCUCUGACCUAGGAAAAGAGUCGUUACAGUGCCGUGCAAGGGCCAGGAUAAUUUCCUUGAUGUAGAAAUUUACACACGUAUGCGCCCAGAGUAGACCUUUUAGACUUCUGAAGUAAAGGAGACUUGUGUCAACACAAACUGGAGCAGCCCAGUACCAGGCCCAGAAGUUCCCAUGGAGACAGGCCACGGGCAGCAUGGGUAGAUACGUGCAGGGGAUGUUCAUGUGCUCCCAGCUAGCUGUGUAUACUUCAUACUGUCUCCACACAAUUGUUGGGGAGAUGCUCUGACAAAGAUUUAAUCAGGAAUUAGUUUUAUAUGCUUUGCUUUAUAAUUUGUGAUGCAAAUGAAAUUUUCUCUGGGAAAUAUUUAUUUUAGUAAUAAUGUUUUAAACUCACAUGUAACAAUGAUGUAUUUUAAGAAUGAUUACAUAAUGAAUUAUAUUUGUAUAAAAUAAUUUUUAUAUUUGAAAUGUUGAAUUUUUAUUGGCACUAGCUAUUUCUAGAAAGGGAAGUGAGGAGGACAGGAAUGAUAAAGACCAGCGACCUUCAUGGAGUGAAGCAUUGGAACCGAUGCAACUCUUGUACAUAUCUAUUUGGUUCUCAGACAACACAUGUCCCAUUUUAACGCAGCUCUGAAGAAGAUGGUACCGAAACUCAAGAUGGUCCAACUUUGGGCACAUCAGCUUCUGAACUAAGCCUUAGAAGAAUGUAUUUAUUAUUGUAAUAGAAUAUCAUGUGUCAAUAAAAUCCUUUUAUUUGUGUGAAACUUGUCUUUCAGAUAUGUUCAUUAGGUAUGUCUCUGAAACACCUAGCUCUAGUCUCUAAGAUUCAUGGGACACAAAUCUUCCUUUUAGAUAUAAUCUCUUUAAAAAUCCCAAUUGUAUUAGAGUACAAAUCAUCAAGUUGUCUCUAAAUUUCAGUAAAAUAUUCAUAGUAUGUUUACCAUUUUCAUCAUUUUGAGUGAUAGUUCAAUAGAAUUUUGUAAAUCCACAUAGCUGUGUAAUUACCACCACUUUUAUUUAUAGUUGAUUCUUGAAAAACUAUCUUUAUCCAUAUAAACAAUAAUCCCUUUCCCUUCCACCAUGAAUCCAUGAAUUCUACUUUUGGUCUAUGAUUUUGAGUGUACUUUGUAGGAACACAAUCUGAAUAUUAGCCCCUUUUUACUUAGCUUCUUUUACCAAACACAUGUCUUGAAGACUCAGCCACAUUUUAUGUCAUUUUUCUUUUUAUUCAAGUGACAGGCAUUAUAUAUAAAAAUCAUAAAAUUAUGUAAUAUGUGUUAUAUAAUAUUUUGCAUAGCCAUUAAUCUACAAAUGGGCUCAAAUUAAUUCCACAUUUUGAAUAUGAACAUGAGUAUACAGACAUCUCAGUAAACUUUAAGGGUUUCAUAUUAAAGAGAGGCAUAGAGAACACACACAAAAGAUUUAUAAAUAAAUGUGUUACUUUUUUUUUUACAACCAGUGAGUCUACAUUGUCACAUCUUUAUCUCCAAUGAUAAUGGUUUAUGUGCUGGCUAGUUGUUUGUCAAAUUAACCUUGAAUUAUCUGGAAGGGGAACCUCAACUGAGAAAAUGCCUCCAUCCAAUUGCCUACAGGCAAGUCCGCAGUUCGUUUUCUUGAUUGAUGACUGAUUUGGGAAGGUCUAGCUCACUGUGAGUGGUGCAACCCCUAGACAGGCAGUCCUAGAUGAAGCUGAAACUGUGGGGCAUGUGGUUCUUUCAGGCUUGCUUCUUUUACUUAGGAAUACGCAGUAUUUCUCCAUAUCAUUUUACUGCUUGAUGGCUCAUUGAUUUUUGCUGCUGGAUAACAUUCCUUCUAGAUAUACCACAGUUUAUUCACCGACUGAGGGACAUCAUAUUUCUUCUUGGUUCAUUUUUAUUCUUUAUAAAAAUCUUGAAUAUAGAUGCUGAAACUUCAGGGAGGAAGGGAGGAAGAAAAAGAUUGCAAAGGGGAGAAGAAUAGGAGGAGGAAGGAGAAGAGGAAGAUAAUAAUGGAAGACGAGAGGCAAGGAGAGAAGAAAAGGAGGAGAAAAGAGAGGCAGGAGAGCAGAGACAUAUCUAGAAACAGAAAAAAGCAAAGACCUAAGAGGACUAUCAAAAAGGAGACAUUGGGAUUGAAAAGCCAUGAUUUCAAAGACCUCUGCUCACUUUAGCACCUACCUUAACAGUAUCCAAGAUUCCAUGUCUCAUUUUGUAUGCAUAAUUUUGUAAUCUUUUAAAAAUAGAUACUAUUUUUCCCAAAUUAUAAAAUUUCUAGGCUCUAGUAAAACAAUAUCCUUGCAAAAGAGAUGGGACUUCAGAGGAAGAAGCAGUGUGUUGGUGAACACUUGGGCUAUUCAGAAGCCCAUUCUUAGAUGAAUUGCUCAAAAUGAGAUUUGGGAAUUGAAUGACUUCAAAUAGAGGGGUGAAAAGCAGCCAAGCUUCUCUCCAGAUGGGAAAUAGCUACAAUGAAAGGAGCAAGAUGGUAGAGGCUAUGGAAUUUGACACCACCCGGCUGAUAUGAUUCUUAAUAUAGUACCUUAAAAUAGCAAACCAUUGUGACUGGAGUAGUGACUUCAGAAAAGGGCUGUUGUGUAAACACAAAGUACUGAGUUCGGAUUCCCGGCACCCACAUAAAAAGGUACAUAGGAUUUUCUGGAACUGUAAUUCCCUGUACUGAAGAAGUGGAGACAGUGGGACCUCUGGAGUUGGCUACUCAACCAGUCUAGACAAGUCCAGGAACUUCCAGUUCAAUGAAAGACUCUGUCUCAAAAACAAAGUGAACAGUGAUUGAGGAAGACACACAAUGUUGUGUCUUGAUCUCUGGCCUUCCUGUGAACAUACAUCCAUGCACAUGUGUACCCAUACACAUGUCACCUGUACACAUGACAAAUGUGUAUACACAACUCUCAAAUAUGUAAAUUCCUCCUUGCUGUCCCUAUCGCCAUUGUUGCUAUUCAUUUUAUUUAUACAUAAUCAUAUAUACAUGUGUAUAAGUACAGUAUGCUUUUUAUAAAACUUUAAGGAAAAAAGUAAAAGUCAUUUUGCUUUCAACAUUU